CCCUGGUGAGUUAUUUUUGUUGGCCACAUUAAGAAGCUGACAUUUGAUUCAUUCUCUGUGUGUUCUGCCUUAGUCAUUUGAAACAGAAUGGACAGCGAGCAAAAGGUCAAAGCUGUUGUUGCUGGUUGCAUAUAUUCAGGGCCACAACUGACAACAGAGCCUUAGGAAAAUCAUAAUAUUAAAUAUGGCAAAAUGUUUGGUCAAGAUCCGGACUCAACGAAGCCUCCACUUGCACAUGAUGAACCACUGCAGCAGUAAUGUAUUUGUCCGUCUGCUAAAACAUGGCUCCAAGGUCAUACCUCGAAAUGCUGGUGCUCCAUUACCUAAGGUGGAUGUUUCUGAACCCUUGAUAGCCAACUCAGAAGAGAAUGGAACUCAGUGGGCAGAUCCUCUGAGUGAAGAGGAAGACAGAUUAGAAGAAGACCCCUUGACCAUCUCUGAACUAGCAUACAAUCCCAGUGCCAGGCUGUUCCAUACACCAGUGGAUGAUGAUGAAAUUGAUGUGCUCUUUGGCUGUUCAUCUAGGCUCAAGUUAGAAAGAGAAGAUACAGAUUCCUUUGAGGAACUGGAAGCAGAUGAAAAUGCCUUUUUGAUGGCUGAAGAGGAGGAGCUGAAGGAAACUCGUAAGGCUAUGUCAUGGAGUUACUCCAUCCUGACUGGCCGUAUAUGGGUCAACCCUAUAGUCAAGUGUUGCACCAGGCUCCUUGUGGUGGGCCUGGGACUGCUGCUGUUUGUAUUUCCCCUGAUCCUCCUCCUUUUGGAGUCAGAUUCAGAUGACAGAUUCAAUGGACAGCUGACCUGGAUACAACUACCCCAAGGGUUCAAGAACUUAACUACCAUCUUUGAUGAGGCACUCUGCGAGAACUUGGGUGAGUACUGAUAAGCCAACCACAAUGGCAGCUUAUAUGGAUGACCUCCUGAUAGCAGGUGACACCUAGGAAGCUUGUAAAGGGGCCAAAGGAGGGCUAUUUAAAACUUUGGGAAAAGUGGGAUAUCAUGUGUCAGCAAAGAAGGCUCAACUCUGUCAAACUGAGGCAACUUACCUGGGGUAUAUACUCAAGGAGGGCAAAAAAUAGCU